AUGGAGGGAGCCAGCGCCACCAUCUUCAUAACCGUUCAGAAGAUCUACUACCCUUUCCUGUGUGUUAUGGGUAUCCCAGCCAACCUCUUCACAUUCUACAUGAUCUGCUUUCGUAAGUGUGGCAUGUCGAACACGGCCAUCAUUUACCUGAGCUGCCUGUCUAUUGUGGACACUUUCUACCUGGUGUGGGUGAUCCUUAUUGACCUGACCCUCACCUUCUGGGUGAUCCAGCCCUUUUGGAACUCCCAUCCAUGGUGUGGCAUCUUGGCGUUCCUCCAGUAUGGAUCCCUCUACAGCUCCUCCUGGAUUGUGGUGGUGUUCACCUUCGAGCGCUACCUGGUCCUCAGUAGCACGGCCGCCAAGCAGCACUUCUCCCAGACCCGGGUCACCGUGAUGACCUGCGUGGCCAUCGUCCUCGUCUCCCACCUGGUCUCGGUGCCUUUGGGCUGGAUAAACGAGGUGGUGGCCGCAAAUGUCACCCUGGAAGGUGGGGGGAUUGUUGAGCUGCCCAAAUGCCGCUAUCGUGAUGGAAACUAUUCCACUAUCAUUGUGUGGAUAACCACCUUCCUCUCCGGGGGGAUUCCCAUCGUCUUGGUCAUCAUCUUCAACUACCUCAUCGGGUCUCACCUGAGCCGCGCCAGCCAACUCUUCACGAAGGAGGAGUGUCAUACCGUGCAGGGCAGGAGCACCAGGUGCAUGGUGAGGAGGACCAUCCUGCUGCUGGGCACCGUGUCCGUGACCUUUGUGGUGCUCAGCCUGCCCCGCUUUGUCACCUACUGCAUCCUGCGCACAAAGUACAACAACGACUCCUUCAACCGCAACGACUACAGUCUAUCCAUCAACGUGGCUGGUGACCUCGCCAACAUGCUGCAGAACCUCAACUCCACCACCAACUUCUUGCUGUACUGCGUGGUGAGCCGGGGCUUUCGUCAAGAGCUGCUGCGGGUGUUCACCUGCAAGGCAAAGCCACGCGAGCUGAGCUCCUUUCUAACCCACACCACCACCAAGGUGUUUUCAGUUGCAGACCACAAGGACCCACCUGCCAAAGACCCUGUCAUCCUGGUGCUGACUAACCUCAGACAGACUCAAUAA